AUGGAUCCUCGUAUCUGGCACAAAGUCGCUGCAAUCUCUGGUAUAGCGGCUCUUGGCUUGGGAACAUACGGUGCCCACGCUUUCAAGCCCAAAAAUCCUUCUUACAAAGAGGUAUGGCACACAGCAUCUCUGUAUCAUUUGGUUCACACGGCGGCCCUGGUUGCUGCCCCUAUUACAAGCCACCCAAACAUUUAUGGAAGCCUUUUGACUGUUGGAAUCCUGGCUUUCUCUGGGACGUGUUACACAGUUGCAUACUUAGAAGACAGGACAUACUCUAAACUCGCCCCCUUUGGGGGAUUUGCUUUCAUUGGUGCUUGGGCAAGCUUAAUGUUUUGA